GGGUUCGAUCCCCUGUACAUCCAAAAAAAAAAAAACCAGAAAGGAAAAAGAAACGGCCUGGACGGUCACUAGCCAAACUCCACAGCAUCUACACCAGGAGAAACGGGUCAGAGGGUCAGCGGGGGAGACAGCUGAUAGAAUCAGAUCUCUGUGGAUCGCAGGGCCUGACAGGACAGGGAGGGGCCCUUCCUUAUCUCCUGGCCCCAAUCUGUCCCCAGUCAGAUCACCAAGGCCCUGACAAAUCCCCAAUGCGUCCCCUGUGGCCUUCUUGCGGUUAAUGAGUCUGCUUCCUUGGGAGGCUGCUGGCGGCAGGGGGUCAGGGGGUGCUCAGCCCUCCCCUGGGCCUGUCUGCUGCUGGCCCCACCUGGGCACCGAUGAGAUGGCAGCCAGGAAGGAACCAGGUCAUCUACCCGGUGUGGCUUCCUCCCUCGCUCUCUCGGCUCUGGCUUCAGACAGUUUCCCCAAUUCCCCGGCAGGCAGCCGGCAUCUCCUGCUCGCCCACCCUCCUGCCAAGGAAGCUUCAGGAGGCCCGGGAGGAGGAGGAGGAUGGGUGCCCGUGCACAGGCUGCCUGGGCGGGCCGCCCGGGGGCAGCAGGGCUCUGCAAAUCCGGACACUUCCUCUCCGGGAGCUUGUGACCUGGAAGGAAGCGGCGUGAGACGCGAGCUAGGCCUCCGGGGAGGUGCAGAGGAGGGGCAGACACAGCGGUGCCCAGAGCCGGGGGCCCAGCCGGCGGCCAGGGAGGAGACUGGGGGUGGCAGAGGCCCAAAGACCAGUGAGCCGGAGGCCAACACAGAUGGAAGGACCCCGCUCCCACCAGCAGGUGUUCGGGUCCAAGAUCACACAGAUUCCCAGAUAAGGCCCUUUAACCGUCUCUGAGGACCGACGGCCCCCCAGGAUCCUCGGAAAGGGCGGAGCGAGGCGAGCCCUGCGCCCCUCGGCCAGCGUCCCGGCGACCCCCGUGAGUGCCCCUGGCGUGGACCGCUCCGACCUGGCGAACCCCCCCCCGCGCACUCCCAAGUGGACCGCUCCGGUCCGGAGACCCCCGCGGGCGCCCCCGAGUGGACCGCUCCGGCCCGACGCCCCCCGCGCGCCCUCGGCCCCUGCGCGCCCGGACGAGCCCACUGCGCCGCGGCGGGGGGAGCCGGCCGGCCCAUUCAAACCAAGGGGAGCGCCGCAGGGCCGAACAGUUACCUGCCGCCGCUCCGCUCUCCACCGCCCAGGCCGCCUCGGCCGUCACGGCCCCCGCCUCGGAGCUCUCCGCCUCGUCCGGCACCUCCAGCUCCAUGGCCGAGCGUCCCGGCGGCGGCGGCGGGCCCGAGGCUGCACCCGAGCUCGGCCGCCGCCGCUGAACAACAAGCGCUGCCGGCCCAGUGCGAAGGGAGGGGCCGAGCUCGGGGGCGGGGAGGGAGGCGGGGACAUCUGUGACGUGCAUCGCGCAGCCAAUAGGGGCUAGGGGCCGUGGUCUACUGUCGGCGCGACCCAGGUAGGCCGAGAGCGCCCCCUCUUGUCCAGAGACGGAGAGGCGUCGCGGCGGGUUCCAGUAAGUGACUGUCAGGAGUGAAACGCGUUUCCACCGCCCACCGAAGGACAGGCUCAACUACCUCCAUUAUACACCGUGAAUGUGCGUGUGUUAGCUUCUCCAUACUAUUCAUUAGUUGUAUUAACACGUUUUACUCUUAAAAAUAUGUAUACUGGGGCUGGGGAUUUAGCUUAGCAGCAUAAGCGCCUGCCUUGCAAGCCUGUGGAUGUGAGUUCGAUCCCUGGUACCGGUAAAAAAAAAAAAAAAAAAAAAAAAAAAUAUGUAUACUAUUUUUAUUUUAUUACAUGUUAAUGUUUACAUAAAUGCCCAGAUUCAUACAAAAAUAAUACGAAAAAUAGAGAUAGGCUGGAAGUGGGGGCACACUCCUGUAAUCCCAGCACUCAGGAGGCUGAGACAGGAAACCGGGUGGGCUACACAGUGAGUUCAAGGCCAGCCUGGACUAUGCAGCAAGGCCUGUCUCAAAAAGACAAUAAAAGAAAAGAUAAAGAUAAA